AUGACGCGUGGACAAACGUACACCGAAAUAAACGAUCUUCUAGGACAUUUAUUCAAUGAGACAAGAUAUAACAAACUUCUUCGACCAAUACAAAACCAAUCCGACCUGAUUAAGGUAAAUUUCAUUACGUAUCUACUAAGCGUCGAACAUUUUGACAUCUCGACCGGAAAGGUGAUAAUCACAGGUUACUUUGAAAUCAUUUGGAGAGACGAAUAUCUAACAUGGGAUCCAUCUCAAUAUGGCGGUAAAGGAAUUCUUCAAUUACCAAAAGGGAAGAUCUGGAAGCCUGAGGUCGUACUGACGAAACAACUGGUGAACGUUGAGUCUUCAAUUUACAACAGCGAUGCCUUUACUACUUGGCUUUCUUACAAGGGAGAUGUUACACUGAUUCACAUUGGAACAUACCAGACAAGAUGUGAAGUUGAUACCACGCUAUACCCAUUUGAUAUUCACCAAUGUCACUUCCAAUUUAUUGUGUCAAAUCAUAGAAUUGAAGAAUUGAUAAUUCAAUUACCAACAGCAAAUAUUAACACUAAACAGCUACAAGAAAAUGGUGAAUGGUAUAUUGAAAAUACAAAUGCAGCGGUUCUUCACAUUCAAGAAGAAAGAUUUGAACAUAUUUCAGUCCCCAUGGUUGACGUAUCUUUUACUUUAAAGAGGAGACCGACAUUCAUAAUCAAUAACAUAUAUGUUCCUAUAAUACUUAUGUCAAGUCUAAAUUUAGCAACAUGUUAUGUUAGGCCAGACUCCGGGGAAAGACUAUCGGUUGCAGUAACUUUAUAUUUGUCCCUCGUUUUCGCAACAACUGCAGCGAUUGGCAAAAUUCCAAAUAAUUCACUGAAAAUGCCUUACAUGUCAUACGAAAUUCUGAUGAUUAACCUUAUUAAUACAAUCGGUGUAGGGUGGAGCAUAUUUAUAGUUCACUUAGCAAAUGUUAAGAGGGUUGAUACAAAGAGAAUUCCAAGCUUCAUAUUAAAGGUGGUGAUGAAAAGGAGAAAUUUGUCCAUAUGUUCGAUAACUGAACCUGAAUCUGUAACUGACGAUGUACUUGCGUCACUGACAUGCGAUGACGAGGUGAAUGAAAAAGCAGUAGAUUCGUCUAAACCUAUUGGUUUUACAAAGUAUCUACUCAGUGUCGAACAUUUUGACAUCUCGACAGGGGAGUUGCUUAUAACAGGAUACUUCGAAAUCAGUUGGAAAGAUGAAUAUCUAACAUGGGAUCCGUCUCAAUAUGGCGGAAAAAGAAUUCUCCAAAUACCUACAGGGAAGUUCUGGAAGCCUGAGAUCGUACUAACGAAACAGCCGGUGAACGUAGAGUCUUCAGUUUACAGCAGCGGUGCAUUUUCUGCUUGGGUAACUAACAACGGAAACGUUACAUUGAUUCACAUUGGGACGUACCAGACAAGAUGUAUAGUUGACACUACGCUGUAUCCAUUUGAUAUUCACCACUGCCACCUUCAAUUUAUUGUGUCAGAUUAUCGGAUUGAAGAAUUGAUGAUUCAUAUACCAACAGGAAAUAUGAAUACUAAAAAACUUAGGGAAAAUGGUGAAUGGUAUAUUGAAAAUACAAAUGCUGCGGUAGGUUACGUUCAAGAAGAAAGAUUUAAACAUAUUACUGUCCCUAUGGUCGAUGUAUCUUUUUCUCUAAAGAGGAGACCGACAUUCAUUAUCAAUAACAUAUAUGCUCCUAUAACACUUAUGUCAAGUCUUAAUAUAGCAACGUGCUAUGUCAGGCCAGACUCCGGAGAAAGAUUAUCGUUUGCAGUAACAUUAUAUUUAUCCCUAGUUUUCGCAACAACUGCAGCGAUUGACUCAAUUCCAAAUAACUCAUUAAGAUUACCUUACAUGUCAUACGAAAUUCUGAUAAUCAAUCUGAUAAAUACGAUUGGCGUGGCAUGGAGUAUAUUUAUAGUUCACUUAACAAACGUAAAAAAGAUUGAUAAAAAGAAAAUCCCAAAUUUCAUACUGCGAAUGGUUAUGAAAAGAAGAAAAAGAAACACAUACCUGACACAUAUUGACCCAGACUUGGAAACUGAAGCUAUAAUUGCGACACCAAAAAACGACGAAGUUCAAGCAAACGCCGAGUUGUGUGAAAAAGAAAUGAAUGCAUUGAAAACUGUUAUUGUAAAUGAUAUCAAUGGACAGGAAGUAGCUGAAGUUGUUGACAUGGUUUACUUUUGGCUAGUGUUUAUUUCUAUAUUUGUACUUAUUUUUUCUUUUGGUGCAAUUGUUGUACUUAAAUGGGCACAUUCGUAA